ACAUGCAGGAUGAAUGAAAGGAAAGGAUGGAUAGAGAAAGAAUAAACUCACACAGCUACAACAUGUGGGAGUUAAAUGUUGCUCAGCAUGAAGCAGCAGCAGCACUCUGGAAAUAUUUAGGCGGAACUAAUCUUCUGAGAUUCGCGGGGGAAGGAUUUUCAUAUCGGACUCGGUUGUUGGUUACAUUUAUCUGAACAGGAAACGACUGCAGGUGGAGGGAUGAGUCUCUCCCCUGUGAUUGGCACAGAAGUGCCAGAAACAGCUAACGGGGUGGUGACACCCGUCUCUUCAGAGAACGGCCCUCACGCUCCGGUCUCGGUGAAAUAUGGGGGGAGCAGAGUGCCCUGUGAUGGGGAGGCAUCGGAGGACAGAGCCCUUGGACACACAGAGAACCACGUAGAUGUGGAGGACAGAGUUUACGAUGGCGAAGGCCGCUUGGACACAGAGACGUACAAUAAUGGGAGUUUAUCGUUACACACCUCUCAUGUGACAGAGCCCUCCCUUCCUGCUGCCACAUGCACAGGAGACUCAGAAGACUCAGAAUCAGGCUCCAAAGACUCAGACAUUCACGAGGCCUCUGACACUGUUGAGCCUCCUGGUGCAGCUCUGCUGUGGGACCCAGCACAGCAAGCACACUCCAAAGAGUCAUCUCAGCGAAGAGGCCAUGCCGCUACAGACAGACAGCAGACAGAGACGGAGGCUAUAGAUGGAGACACUGACAGCAGAGACGAGGAAGAAGAUGGAGAGAAGGAGAAACAGGAUGAGGAGGAUGAUGAGAAAAAUGAAAAAAAGUGGAUUAACCAGCGUGCAGGAGGGAGAACAGAGGUGGAGGCUGCACGACACUACUCCUCCUCAGCUCCUGGUCCCAGCACCUCGUCCUCUUCCUCUACUCCACCUCCUCUUCUUCCCUCAGACGACAUCCCCUGUCCUCCCCACGUCAUGGCCCAGGUCUGGGUACGCAACGUCCGGGGGAUGCAGGACAGCAAGAGCCUGGAUGAAAUCAGCCAAGCGUGUGGAGGUGGUUCGGGGGCCCGGGGAGGGGGCAGAAUUGGCCAGUCAGAGGGCCGACGGGCUACGAUCUCCUCGGCUCUGGAGCUCGAGGGGACAGUCAGCCAUGAUGGUGACCUGACUCACUUCAUCACCAAGAACCUGGAGCAGAAAAUCAAGAUGAGCUCCAAGCCCAGUCUGGACUGCAGCGACUCGGACUGUUCGGGUCCCAUCUACCGAAGCCGGGGGUCGUCACGGAGACCAGCGGACAUCCCUCCCAUUGAUCCCACUGUCCUCGUGGACCUUCAGAGACACUCCCAGGAAGUGGCUCACAGUGUUGAGAUGAUGAUGCGGAGCCUCAAUGGAACCAUCCAGAAUAUGACAGCUCUGAGUGUGGGCUACAUCCAGACCUACAGAGACUCUGUUGACAGCCUGGGAGAGUCUGUGGACAUGAGUAUAAAGGGCAUGUACACACUGAUGGCUCGCUGCGAGGAGCUGGAUCGUUCCAUGCAGCCCAUACACACCCUGGCUGCACAGAUCCGUGACAUCAAACGCACCCUGGACGCCCUGGAGGCGAUCUGCAAGUAGCCCCACCUGCCCGGCACGAAAACACUCCCCGGCUGCAAAGAUCCAACAUCAAGCACAUCUUGAGCGAGGCCGUCUGCAAGUAAACCCACCGCUCCGCAGGUAGCACACAAACACUGCAGCGAAGAUUAAGUGCACCUCUGGAUUCCUGGAACCAUCGCUACUAGUCAUGCUGGAUGAUAUAGUCCCUCCGCUUGUUCAUCACUUGAAGAUGACCUUGUUUGUGUUGUGAGAUUUCAACAGAAUUGCGCUUGAUUUGCUCUCGGGGUUGAGCUUUCUCUUUUUCUUUUUUUUUAAAAAGCACUCUCACUUUCUCUAAUGAAGUUGUCGUGAAACAAAAUCUCACAGAUUAACCUGUUUUGGAGACACUCGGUCAUGUGCCCUGAACAAACACACACAUACAAACAGAUCCUUGAAGAUGUGUUUACAGUCUGAGGAGGAAUAAUGUGUCAUGAUCCGUCCAGCCCGCUUUGUUCAGAUUGCACUAACCUUUCCUGCCCACAUGGGGGCGAUGUUUCUCUCUCCGUCUCUCUCUUCACUGAUGGAGAGGCCAGUAUGAACUGAUCAGAAGACUUUUGCACUGGAACAGAAAGUCUAUUUUUUAAUCUUAUGCACCGAAGAUCCGAUUCUUUCACUGCAGGCUGUGAGGGGAGUUGAGCACCAUGUCUGUCUGUCUGUCUUUUUUAAAUGUUAUUUAUUCAGUUUUCUCAGCAUGCUUGCUUUUUCAACUACACUGCUACUCUGUCACUGGGAACUGACCAGUACAGACAGAUUUGUUUUCCACUAGUGGCCACUGAACAGCUCAACUGAAGCAUUAGGAGCUGCUGCUCGAGGAUAGAUGUCAAAGGUACAGAAAGAGUUUCACAUCUCUACUCAGAUUCUCUCUGACUGUUUAUCACUUUAAAAAAACUGGCAACCUUUAUAAAUCACAGGUCUGCUUCUCUAAUUUAAAGCUACGAGCAGCCAUGUGUCCUAAAACCGAUGCACUCCAAGAUGUUUUCGAGCACAUAACUGGAAAUAUCUCAUCAUAUAUCACACCAUUCACAGUGGCUUUAAAGGACCAGUGUGUAACAAUGAGGGGGAUCUAUUGGCAGAAAUUGAAUAUAAUAUUAAUAAGUAUGGUUUCUUUAGUGUAUAAUCCCCUGAUAAUAAGAAUCGUUGUGUUUUUGUUA